AUGUCAACCUUUGUUGUACCGCAAAUUCGUCCAGACGUUCCUCGUUCUUACACUUAUCCAACCACCACAACAAAACGUCGUCGAAAAGAUACAUUUGUUGAACGAUUACUCAAGGAUCCAAUGCUUCAAACAAUGGCCGACAUUGGCAAACAAGAAGGUACAAUCAGUCCGUUACCUGCACCACAGCGAGCUAGAACCAUAAACAGCACAGAAUUUCAACAAUAUUAUCGUCAAAUUCAAGAUGGAAAUUUUGAUCAAUAUAUCAACUCUCUAUUCAAAGCAAAAUAUA